CAUAACUUAACUGAUCGUUGGCGUGACUGGAAUAUCAUCUCAGUGGUUGUGUUGAAAACAUCGUUGUAAGAGACGUGCUUAGUUUAAUACUUAGUUUAGUUAAUGCAUUACCAUAUUGAGAACAACGCCGCAGCAAGAUCUAAAGGGAACAGGAUGCCAAGUCAGCCUAUAAAGUUGUAUUAUCUACCUCCAUCACCCCCUUGUCGGGCGGUGAUGAUGGCGGCCAGAGCAGUGGGCAUAGAACUUGAUCUCGUACUCACUAAUAUAAUGGAGGGACAACAUAAAACACCGGAAUUUUUAAAGAUGAAUCCACAACACACGAUACCGACUAUGGAUGACAAUGGUUUUAUUUUAUGGGAGAGCCGAGCAAUAAUGGCAUAUUUGGUUAACGCAUAUGGUCGCGAUGACUCUCUGUAUCCGAAGAACCCGCGUCAAAGAGCGCUCGUUGACCAACGUCUCAACUUCGAUCUAGGUACUCUUUUCAAGCGGUACUUGGAUCUUUAUAUGCCGAUGCUCUUCAAGGGCGAGGCGUAUAACGAGGAAGCAGCUGAGAAGUUGAACGAAGCCUUGGGUUGGUUGAACUUAAUGUUGGAAGGACGCGCGUUCGUCGCUGGAGACAACCUCACCAUUGCCGAUAUUUCUAUAGUCGUCACUUUCAGUAACUUAGAGGCAUUCGGAUUCGACUUCAGCGCCCAUGAAAACGUUGUGAAAUGGUUUGACCGAACUAAAAAGACCCUGGAACCUUAUGGCUAUGCAGAAAUCGAUCAAGCAGGAGCACAUGCACUUGCUUCAUUUAUGAAGAAAGAUUAAAUAUUGAACAAAUUUUAUCGUUUAUUUCAUUAAAACUUCGCAAUAAAAAUGUUACCGUA